AUGAUUAAUGGCUUAUCGGCUACGCCCCGCAAGAAAAUUGGCCUCGAGCAUGGCCGCGCACUUCGGGAGCAGAUCCACAGCCAGAUUGCCAUCUACGAUGAGAUGUUCCAGAACACCUCCAAGCUCUCAUGGUCGGAAGUCCGCGAAGUGUCUAAAGAAUUCCAGCCAACACUCGCAAAGCUAACUCCGCAUCUACUCGCCGAAAUGGAGGGCAUAGCCGAGGGUGCGGAGCUGGAUAUUUUGGAUGUGAUAGCUUUGAACUGCCGCAGCGAGAUUGCGUUAGGCAAGUUCUCAGACGGAUGCACAACUUUGUCUUGGAAGAAGGGUGAGAAUUCUCGGGUGUUGUCUCAGAACUGGGACUGGACGGCGCGGGUGAGGGCGAACUUGGCCAUGGUCUCGAUUGAGCAGGUCGGGAAGCCGACUAUAUAUAUGGUGACUGAAGUCAGUUGA